AUGCUCGGCCCACUUCCCCAUCUCAGCCCUCCAACGACAUCUCCCACUCUGGCCCUUCGUCCUCCUCCCCUCCACCCGAUCCACUGCUGCCCCUGCCGACAGCUCCCUCCGCUGUCGUCCCACCUUCUCGGCCCCUUCUUCAGUACCAGCGCCGCCGUCCCGCCACCAUCACCAUCAUCCCAUCUUCCCCUGUUCCCACCAGCUCACCAUCCGUCCACCCUUCUCCCAAGUCCCACCCCCUGCCUCCUCGCCGUCCUUUGCCGAAACGCCCACCAUUCACAACUUCCCCUCGCACUAUCCCAAUCACAAAUCCCACCAGCUCUUCACAUCCCAUGGUAA